AAGAAGCAGAAAGAAAGAAAGCAGAAAGAAAGAAGCAGAAAGCAGCAUGGAGCAAAAGCUGGACCGCAUCGCAACUGAGUUCAGAGAUCUGACGGGGGAUCUGAGGAGAGAAAUCAAAGAAGUGGGAGAACUGCAGGAUGUAGUGAAGAGACUGAAAACUGUGGAAGAUACACUGGAGGAGCUGAAGAAGGAAAAAGAGAAAAAGGUCGCCUUUUCUGCAUCACUGUUGGCCUCUGGAGAGGGACACACUGGACCCAUGAAGCCUGUGCCGUCACCACUGAUCUACAAAAAAGUCUCCAGCAACUAUGGAAACGGCUACGACCCAAAUACAGGGAUUUUCACUGCUCCGAUUAAAGGAGUUUACUUUUUCAGGUUUUACGCUCACUGUCAGGGUGGCACCAAAAUGGCUGUCAGCCUGUACAAAAAUGAUCAGGGGCAGUGCUCUGUGUUUCAUGGUAAGCCUGAGUACCACGAAAACGCCAGCAACGGGACUGUCCUCACUCUGGAGAAGGGAGAUCGGAUCUACACCAAGCUCUGGGAUGACAGCUGGGUGUUCGAUGAUCCAAACAGCUACACAAGUUUCAGUGGAUUUUUGCUUUUCCCCCUUUAAACAUAAACCUGAAAUUCUGAAACAUCAUAGAUUCAGCAUUUACAUUGUAUGACAGCGUUUACAUUACAUUAUAACUUCUGGGUGUGGGUUAUAUGGCAAGGUUUAAGCUAGAUCUUACUUUUAAAAUAUUGGAGAAACUGUAAUCAGACAAUUUAGUCAUUAAGGAGGGAAAAAGUCACGUGCAUGUGGUGUGACUUUCAGAGAAUGAAUUUCGACUUACGCAAAGUAACACGGAGGGUGUGUAUGACUGCCUACACAAUAAAACUGACUGCUUCA